CAACUGUUCUGUUCACACAAUGUUCAAUCGGAUAAAAACAGUAGAUGAUUAUAUUCAAAAUAAACCUUGCCAGUUUUAAGGACAAAAGAAUAUUUUGUCUUGCAAGUUCAAGUGUUAAAUUGUUGAUAUGCAGCGCUCUUAUACGACCGAAGGCCAACCGUUUUAUACAAAUUAAAAUUUUCGACAAAUAUGGCGGAUAAAUAUUUUCGUAAGAUGGAAAUCAUGUGAUAUAAGAAAAACUUUCGGAAUAAAACUUUUGUCGGCAGGAGGUUUUCAUGAUGUUAGCCGAAAGUCCCACGGGGCACGAAUCCCCACUGUUUUAUCAAAAUGAAGGAGCUAGAAAUAAAAGACUCGCUGAUGUAAAACGAGGGACUGACUACUAUAAAAAGUUGGACAACAUCGCUGAAGCCCAAUGGAAAGCAAACGUGCCGACAUUCCCGGCAGUGCCCCGCAAAAUGUCGGUCCUGCCUAAAAUAACUACUUCCGUUUUAAGUGAUCCGGAUACGGAAGCACGUCGCUCAAUGUUCAAUAUGACGUCAACACCACGUCAGAGUAUUUCGAUGAUGUCAGGAGCUGCAAGUACUGUGACUGGUUACACGGGGGCAACGAACAGUCAAAUGAGCCUGCCGUCACAUAUUUCAAGGAUUAUUCACCAUAGACCGUCUGUCUUGGAUUCUCCACAUGAAUUAACACCGCGGGAACCAAAAGUAGAUCCUAAUUUUAAUCCAUGGGGAACCAGUUAUUCACCUCUCGAUGACCAGACGAAACUUACUGCGGAAGAUAUGAGGCCAAGGGAAAUGCCAUUUCAGUAUAGAGAUAGUAGGAAAAUCGUAAUGAAACCAGUACCACGAAAGUCGAUGCCGAUGAGUCGCGUGGCGGCUCACGAGCGACAACGUCAUCAGCGUACUGUAACGAACUUCCGUUCAAGAAACGGAACGAUCCGUAUUAUCAAACCAUUGGAGCCAUUGCCAGAAAUUGAAAAAUAUCAUAAAAAUAUUAAGCAUGAAACUUUUGAUAUAGAAAAUAUUGAGCGCGAAAAAACAUUUAUGAUGUUGGAAAGAAUUGAUAGAAUUUUGCACCCAAAUAAGAAAUCCCCACGAACAUUAUUAGGAUCUAGUGAAGAGGAGAUCCCAGGUACAUCCGAAUCUUCUGUUACUUUACCAGACGAAGUAAAAGACACUAGAGAUACUCACAUAGUUAACAUUGUAGACAGUUCAAGACGUCCUUCCAAAAGCCCCCGUUCAAUAAGUCCCCGGAUAACGCCCCGCAUGGACCACAGUUCGCGUUCUAAGGGACGUAACUCACGCAACGAAAGACCGAAAAGGCCACGAAUUCGGUUCCACAAUGAUCCCUUUAAACCAAGACCACCAAAGACAAUGGCCGACGUUCUCCAGUCUCUGGAGAUAUCUAAAGAAGACACUGAUAUAAAGUGUCAGUCCUGGAUUGAUAAAUGUAUAUAAUUACGGAUUAGUUGGCAUGUGAUAUGUAAUUUAGUCGGAUAUGGUGUUCCAUAGUGUGAUAGUGAAGCAUUUUUUAUUUUGUAUUCUUUGAAAGUUACAUUUUUGUGCUUAGAGAAUUCAUGAAACGCAUUUUCAAAUUUCAACGUAUUAGGUCAAUAUUUUGGUUUGGAAAGAGUAAUGCCCAUUUUAUAUGCACUAACUAUGCAGUUGUAUAGAAACAACAACAGAUAAAUAACAAACGAUGAUGAUUAUGCAAAGCAAAAGAACUAUGAAAAUAGUGUUAAUAAAUAUUUAAACUGACAAACAUUGUAGUGUAUACUACAUUUUGAAUAGCAUUCACGGGAUUCUCAUGUAUUCACAUGUGUCCGGAUAUUGACUGUGACGGCUUUCCAUACUUGGAUAAGACAAAUCAUAUUAAGGUGUACGUAUAUAUCUUUGCUUAAAUGUCACUGAACAUCGGGAGGUAAAAAAAAAAAUUGUGACAUUUUCAUGCAUUCUAUUAACUGUUCUACUCCCGAUUUUGAAAGAAAACGUAAAUUUUAACUAGUGCAGUCCGUUUUCAACUGGCUUC